ACUGACAAACGAUAUUCACGGUUUAUAAUCAUAUAUUGUGGGUACUCAACAAGUGCGUAAACGUUGAUCAGAUUUGAUUCGCUUCGUCAAUACAAAAAACAUAUUCUGGUUACCAAAAAUGAGUUUCGCCGAUAAAGUUGUGUUAAUAACUGGAGCUGGAUCGGGAAUCGGCAGAGGAAUUGCUUUACACUUCUCGAAAUUAUCCGCAAAAUUGUCACUCAUCGAUAUAAAUUCCGAAAAUAUUAGUAACGUUGCGCAAGAAUGUGAAAAUAUAAGUAAAAUGAAAGCCUUCACCGUGACCACAGAUUUGGGAGAUAUAAAAAAUACGAAAUACGUCGUGGAUUGCACUAAAAAGGCAUAUGGUAAAAUAGAUGUAUUAAUUAACUGUGCGGGGAUAAGCGGUUCAGGUGGAGUUACUAGUGACGUUCUAAUGGAGAAUUUGGAUAAAGUAAUUAAUAUAAACCUUUUAUCUCAUAUUGCUUUAACCAAUUACGCCUCAGAUGCAUUAAUAGAAAGCAAAGGAUGUGUUAUUAAUAUAUCAAGCAUUUUUGGUACAUCUUGUAUUCAAAAUGGGAUACCAUACGCUGUUGCUAAAGCUGGUAUGAUUCAUUUUACAAAAUGUGCAGCCUUAGAACUGUCUGAGAAGGGAGUCAGAGUUAAUAGUAUAUCACCUGGACCGGUCAGCACCAACAUAUUGAUGAACAAUGGCAUGUCUAAAGAGAUAAGUGACAAAUUCUGGCAGAAUAUGGCUAACCAAGUCCCAUUGAAGGAAUUAGUUAGAGCAGAAAAGAUUGCUGAAGUGGCCGCAUUGAUAGCAAGUGACCGAGGCUCCACUAUUACAGGAUGUGAUUAUAUUAUUGACUCCGGGAUGUCAUUGAAGAGAUUUACACUUUAAGUUAUUCAUUACAUACAUUUACUAAUAACUAAACUUUCUUUACAUUUUUGUCAUGGUUUAAUGUUCAAUGUUAAAUAAUUGACAAUAGAGGAAAGUAAAGCUCUUAGACUUAGAUUUUCAAAAUUAUUGAUUUAUUAUAAGGUCAUUGGAAUAUACUAACAUGCACUUUUUAUCACAAUGUUACAGUAAAAUAUUUUUUUAUACACACUUAGCUAGGUAAAAGGUAUAAUUGAUAGGUACCACACCUUUGAUACAAUUUGGAUAUAAUUUAAAAUACAAGGCACAUAAAAGUUUGAUAACGUUGAAUUUGGAAAUACACUUGUCCUAAUCAGUUAUACUUCUUGUCCAAGCUAAUGCCUAAUGGUACUUCCGAAUAACUAUUAAAUUUAAAAUAAAUAAUUAAAAUGUGACAGUUUUACAAUGUAUAGCUACUCACAGUCAUACAAUAUGCACAACAAAAUUACGAAAUUUAUAAUUUUAGAUUUACAAUUUUCAUUAUUGUGUAAUUUAGAAAAAAAAAAUGUUAUGAAUUAGUGGCCAUAAAUAAUUGCUUUGAAAUAA